AUGGGGAAGAGAGAGAAUAAGGCCGGCGAAUUGGGAGAUGAGAGCGAGGGAGGAGACGAGAAAACGUUCGAGGAAAGAGUUUGGGAUACCCACCCACGUCUACGUCGUCGUCAGGUGACGGAGUAUAUUCUUCCUCCGGCCGCGUCCUUAUCCGCCCACCGCAGAAUAGAAGGAAACAAAUGGACUGAUACGCAAAAUUCGCUCGCCAUAAAGUAUCGCCACUGCGUCGAUGUAGGGUUUGGGUUCGAUCGACCGACCACGCCGUCCGAGGUGGUUGAUUGCUGCUGCGGCGACCACGCCCAAGAGGAUCUCACCCGCAUCGUCCAAGCGCGGCCAUUAUGUCGGAUCCGGCGCCGGUCUUGGCUUGGAAGCCCUCAUGGUACUGCAAGAAAGUUCUACAAGUCUCAAGAUACAAGACAUGCAUCUAUGAGGACAUUAGGCAUUGCUUGCUCGCCAGACGUGCAACAGAAGUGGACUGAUGACAGGAAAUAUGACCCACGUCUUGAAGAUAUAAGAGAGAACUGAGACACGGUCAAACCUACUCUCCAUCUGAGGAUCACUGUUGCUGAUAUUUUUGCCAGCUGUGCGAGGUGGUACUGUUGCUACCGUGCUUGUAGAUUAUCUGUUUUGGGCCCUUUGCAACAGGAAGAACCUACUUGAGGAAGAGUGAUUUGGUUGUGGUGAAUCUGGACUAUCCAAUUGAACUGGUUGAUUCUAACAUCUGAAUUCAGUGGGAUGUCAAGUGUCAAUUAGUUUAUGCUUAUAGAAUUCUACUUUUCUAUACUGCUUUCUGGUUUCUUGGACCUGCAGAAGCAUUACUUUAGUGUGAGCUGCUGCUCCCAAAUUGUAUAUAUGUUUUUUUUACUCAAAAAAAAAAUUGUUGUGGACAUAUCAGAUUUUAUGAUUAUUUGAGCAAUGCGCCCUUGCUUUUCUUUCUA